GAUGCGGGGCGCCGCGCGGUGGCGGACCGGCACGAGGAGACCAGCUCGCGGCGCCACCACAAAGCCACCUUCAAGGAGGUGGUCAAGGACCUCGAGAUGUACGGCGGCCUCGGCGCGCUGGCGGCCAUCCGCAAGGGCGGCGCCAAGAACAGGCGCAACCGCGUGAUCCGCGGUGAGGAGGUGUACACUGACAAGGACCGCGCGGCCGCCGUGCAGAUGGGCCACCGCGACAUCAAGCAGAGCCUGCGCAUGAAGCGCCACCAGGAGCGCGUGCACGCCCUGCAGCUGCCCGAGGAGGCCGACGGCAGCACACUGCUGGCCCUGGGCCAGUACGAGCUGCGCCAGGGCAACAUCGACAUCGCCAUCGCCUUCGUCAACAAGGCUCUGCAGCUGUGCCCGGAGGACAAGACGGCCUUGGUGGCGAGAAGCAAGUGCUACCUGCUGCUGGGCCAGCCCCGCCUCGCCCUCCAGGACGCCGAGACCGCCCUGGAGCCGGACCGCAACUUCGUCAGAGCCAUCUUCCAGAAGGCGGAGGCGCUGUACCACAUGGGCGACUUCGAGCACAGCCUGAUGUACUACCACCGCGGCCUGCGUCUGCGCCCAGAGCUCGCCGUCUUCCGCCUCGGCGUGCAGAAGGCCCAGGAGGCCAUCGAGAACACCAUCGGAACGGGCAUUGAGGAAAGUUGCCACAUAAUGGAAGAGAUGGAGCGAUCCAGGUCGGGCCGGGCAGGUACAGGCAGAGAUGCCAACACAACGCAUGGUUUCAGCACACUGCCGACACGGGCAGUUUUAACAAUACCUAAUUUUUACUUUACUUCACGAUACUCUUACUCUGUAUACACUACAAGCCAGUGGCUCCUAAAUAAUACGACAGGUAUAAUAUAUGUGACGUACACGCGCAGCAGGGCGAGCCGCUCCAGCAGGUCCAGCCAGUCCAACCGCCACCUGAGCCACAGCCCCUCGUCCACCGACGGCGAGGAGCAGUCGGCGCGGAGGCUGCUGGGCGAGCUCUGCGUCGACAAGCUGUACCUGGAGCAGCUGCUCAAGCACCCCGACAUCCGGUGCGCGCGGAAGGACCGCAGCUCCCAGAUCGCCGAGCACGCCGAGGACGGCGUCGAGUUCCUCCGCAACCGGCAGGAGUUCUGGCGGCAGCAGAAGCUGAGCACGGGGCCGGGGGGCGUCUCCGUGAGCAGGAGCACGGCCAGCACGGCGCGCCGCAAGCAGGCCACGCCCACGGGCAACAACACGGCCUCCAGCAACAGCAGCAGCGCCAGGAACAGCGCCAGGAACAGCAGGCCGACGACCGCCACACUGCAGGCCGUCGCCUGAACCUCAACCUCGCCGUCGCGCUCUCGCCGCGGGGAGCGCCUGCGACACCGAGGGUAGGCAGCCCGGUGGGCUCCUCAGCGCCCCCGCUGCCUACCCAGCACGGCGCUACCCCUCGCGAUUGCGAUUACGAUUAACGGCUGGACCACCGCGCUACCCCCUCCCUCGCCGCGCCGCAGCGUGGCACCGGAGACGGACCGAGCCUAGACUCCUAGAAUGGAGUACACCUGUUUACCGGUGUACUCCGCGCUUCUAGAUGACGUCUAGAUUCCCCCUCGGUCCAGUGCCUGCACUCGAAUCGGAAGCCAAACCACAUAGAGAAACCGAAAUGCAGUAACAACCUCGCCGUGUUGCUGGUGCAACGGUUCUCAGCCACGUUUUGGUGACGCUGGUCGCAAAUGGUCGCCGGCUGACACCCGGGAGCCCUGUCGUCAGCCGGGAGGUCAUUUUAUUGGUUGAGAACCGUUUUCGCCAAAGCUUGGAUUUGUUUUUCUGCGUGUCACCCACUGGUGUAAAUUGUGUCAAAUCUUUAUAAGCAUGAAAUAAACUUUUAAUA